UUAUCCGGAUAUAUUCCUCUUUAUCUCUGACCAUGCUAUUUUUUAUAAUUUCUUUAACUCGCGGACAAACUGUCAUUUUUCAUUUUCUCUCCAGUUUUAUUUUUCUUCUCUAACUACAAUAUUUCUCAAUCAUUUUCUUUCGAUAAAGGACGAUUCAGUGUCGCCGACUCAAUCUCGAGGCAAUAUUUGCGCCAUAACUUUAUUUGCGUCCGAUCCGAGUAAACGCGUAUCAUUAAAGAUCAAAGAGCUGCAGAGCUUUCAAUAAUUGUCUAAAUUGGUUAGGAAUAAAAAAGUUUUGGCUCAAAAUAAGACCGGCGAUACUGAAACGUCUUUUACAAUAAUUUGGCAAGGUGUAUUUAUUGAUUUUAUCUGAGAUUUAAUGUUAGACCACUUUUCACUUUUCUAGAAGUUUUAUUUCUACCAAGGUACUUAAUUGUUAUUUGUCUUUUUAGUAUUAAUAAAUUUUAUUUAUUGUUAAUGGCCAAACACCAUCCAGAUUUAAUCUUUUGUCGUAAACAGCCAGGUGUUGCAAUUGGUAGAUUAUGUGAUAAGUGUGAUGGUAGCUGUGUAAUUUGUGAUUCUUAUGUCAGACCAGCCACGCUUGUUCGAAUUUGUGAUGAAUGCAAUUAUGGAAGUUAUCAGGGACGUUGUGUUAUUUGUGGUGGUCCUGGAACCAGUGAUGCUUAUUAUUGCAAGGAAUGCACGAUUAUGGAAAAGGAUAGAGAUGGAUGUCCAAAAAUUGUCAAUUUAGGGAGUGCCAAGACGGAUUUGUUCUAUGAACGGAAAAAAUAUGGCUUUAAAAAAACUUGA